AUGGCCAGCCCGUCCAGGUCUGGAAAGGCUCCUUCCAAGGAACGAUCCCCUCUCAAGCUUCAAGUGAUCAAACCACGAAAUUUCAAAGACUAUCGACCCGGAUUCGACGGCCCUCUUAAAUGGACCACACCUAAAAACGUGAAUUUCAAAGAAAUCAAAGAAAUCGCCGCAGUCAGUAGUACAUUAUUAUCACAUUGGGAUGAGCGAAUACGAGCUCCAAAUCCAUGGCCUGACAAGCCGCUUAUUAACGGUUUCAAAGUCAAGGCAGAAGCAAGAAAUACGAAGCAGGACGUUUUCUCGUUAUCGCUUGACGAGCAAGAGCGUUUCGUAUGGAACCGCUCCAUCGUAGUCCUGCGCCAGUUGAAGGACGGAAACGACCAAGACCUCUCGAGUCUCUUGGGAAGCCUCAAGCUUCUGACGGCACCUGAUACCGUCACGUUUUCGUUGUUUACUGGAAGUUCUGAGAAGGACCGCGACCUUCUCAAUUCAGUUUUAAAAGUUCCCAGUUGGAGACGAUCGUUCCUUAUUCUUCAUCAAAGUCUUCAGUGCCUAAAAAACUUUAUUUUCUUGCAUAUGUAUUCGCCUUGUUUUGAUUUCCGUUUCUGUGAGCUUCGUUACGAGUUCGAGCCUUGUAACAGUUGGAAUCCACUGCCAUUCGACAAGCAGAGACAAAUGUCCUUACACCAAGAUAAACAUCAGUUCCAAAAGAUUUCCGAUUUUCUUCUUGUUGCGGAUCAAAUAAAAGCCUUGGUAACCGUGUUGACCAUGGAAACAUCCAGAUGGCUGAACAAGAUCACUUCUUCACACUGUAUGCUACACGAAAAAUCGUCUGGAAUCAAUCCCAACUUUCUCAAGCUCGACUCAAAAUCACGCCCGAAAUAUUACCUACUAGGAUAUGACCAUCAAAAAUUGAACAACUCGUCUUUUGGCGUACUUCGGAUGAUGACUCUAUCAUCCGAAAAAGCCUUCAUGCUUACGUUAAUAACGGACGAGGAACAGCAAAUCAAGUCGCUUCUAUGUCGCAGCGAGGUGCCUCUGAACGAAGUUGACCAUCAUUACAACUUCGAGCAGCACUGCAGAAGAGUAAUUAUUGUUGACAAGUAUAUUGUGCUACUCUCGCCGCGCAAAAUUCAAUUUCAAACAGAACAAGGAGUAAAAUCUGUAGCGGGUCCAUCGUUGACAGUUUGGAACAAAGAUGGAAGGUUUAAAGAGCGUAUUUAUGGAAAGAACGAAUUGCCGCCUGCUUCUACCGGCAUUCAGAUGUCUCUCAGAAGAAUGCCUGGAAAACGAUUUGGUCUUCUUGAACGACAGAAUUUAUGUGAACCGAAAACAGCUGUUUUUAUCCUCGGAGAUAAAGACCCGAUUAUUCUGUACGGAGAGUUGGAAGACUCAAGCUCGAAUUGCUUCUGCAUACGGAAUGGAGAUAGAAUGCAGUUUUACAAAUACACGGAUAACGUUCAAUUGAAUCCGCAGUAUCUGUUCUCGAUACGCUCGUUGCUUGAUGAGCGUAUUAAGCUCUGCAGUGGGGGUCAGGAGCGUUUCCUGACCUCAAGACUGGGACUUCCGUAUCAUAUACAAGCGUACGACUUUCCAAAGAUGGAUAAGAAAGCUAUUCCCGAACAAGGACAAGAUGAAGACCGAGGGAUGGGCAUCGAAAAGAUCGUCUAUCUCAAGCCGUUUAAAACAUUCACAAGACCUUUUAAACAGUCGAAAGAAACAAAUUACAAGUCAAGCGCUGACAUCAGACUGCGGAUACUCGCCAUGGCGUCUGGAAGCUGGCAAAUUGAUGAAACUGAUCAACCUGUUAUUAAUCCUGGGGCGAAUAAAUUGAGAAUGGCCGGUUCCGACGACUUCUACAUUCGAUACUACGUCGGCCACAAGGGCAAGUUUGGCCACGAGUUCCUUGAGUUCGAGUUCCGACCUGAUGGAAAGAUGCGAUACGCCAACAACUCCAACUACAAGAACGAUACUAUGAUCAGAAAGGAGGCCUUUGUCAACCGAUGCGUCCUUCAAGAGCUGAAGAGAAUUAUCGAAGACUCUGAAAUCCUCAAGGAAGACGAUCAAAUGUGGCCCCGACCUGAUCGAGUUGGACGACAGGAACUUGAGGUCGUCCUCGGUGAUGAUCACAUCAGUUUCACCACCUCGAAAAUCGGCUCUCUCAUCGAUGUGAACCAGUGCAAAGACCCAGAAGGUCUCAGAACGUUCUACUACCUCGUUCAGGACUUGAAAUGUCUUGUCUUCUCGCUCAUUGGUCUCCACUUCAAAAUCAAGCCAAUCUAA